AUGUCCGGUAUAAAAAUGUCCGGUACAAAAAUACCCAGUUUAAUGUCCAGUGUAAAAAUUACCGGCAUCAAAAUGACCGGCAUAACAGGGUUCUGUUGUACUGUGGGGAUCAAUAUUACAUCACGCACUAUCAACAUCAUCAUCAACAUCAACAUCAUGCAAUCUUUCAAGACUAAAGUUGAAUCCGCGCUAGACGCUCGCAGUCUUCCCGGUGUCGUCACCGUCGCUAGCAACGCAUCAGGUUCAUUUUCCUACACGGAAGCCCAUGGUCUCCAUUCAUUCAAGGAUGGAGCAUCUGCGCCCUUAAAAACGGAUGCUAUUUUCUGGAUCGCUUCUUGCACUAAAUUGUUGACUGCAAUCUCUGCCUUGCAAUGUGUUUCGCGCGGUCAAUUGUCACUCGAUGAAGAUGUCUCUGGAAUUUUACCCGAGCUGAAAGACUUGGAGAUUCUUGAGGGUUUUGAUGAGCCUGGUGCUCCAAAAUUAGUAAAGGCGACGAAGUAUAUCACGCUUCGACAUCUUCUCACUCAUACUUCGGGCCUCGCAUACGAUGCCUUCACACCCGAACUCAUGCGCUGGAGAGCAUCACGUGGAGAAACACCCAGUCUAUCCGCUGGUAGCAUAGCAUCACGCUACAGAACCCCUCUGAUGUUCGAACCCGGCUCCGGGUGGGCGUAUUCUACCGGACUCGAUUGGGCAGGCCAAAUGAUCGAACGAGUUAGUAAGAUGUCGCUUGAAGAAUACAUGCAAAAACACAUCAUGGAACCCCUGGGUAUCAGCGAUUUCACUUUCCACAUUGAAAAUCAUCCUUCGCUGCUCGCACGCUUGGUUGACAUGACUAUUCGCGACGGAAUAGCAACAUCUAUCAAUCCCGGCGGAGCAAUAAUAAACUCCGAGGAUAAAAUAUGGACACAGGAUCAAGUGGAUGAUUGUGGUGGAGUGGGUGGAUACAUAAGCAUGCCAUCCUACCAGAAAAUUCUACACAGCAUCACAGUUUCGGAUGGAAAACUUCUAGAUGCAGAUAUGAAUGAUGCGUUAUUUCGCGGACAAUUGACAGAUGCGCAGUUGCAAAUUGUACAUGGAGCUUUGCAAAUUGAUCAGCUCAAGAGAAUUAUGGCGCCGGGACUGCCAAAGACAACAAAGGUUGAUUAUGCGUUGGGGGGUAUGAUCAUGAGGGAGGAUAUGGAGGGACGAAGGAGAAAGGGGACGAUGCAUUGGGGCGGGCUUCCGCAUUUGGUGUGGUGGAUGGAUCGGGAAGCGGGGAUUUCUGGGGUUUAUGGAAGCCAGUUGUUUCCCCCUGGAGAUGGACCGCUUGGAGAUAUGUUUGAGGCUUUUGAGAGGGCUGUUUAUGAGGAGGUUGCGGGCUUGUAG